CCUUUUGUUCCAGCCCCAUAGUAAACACGUGCAGUUGUGUUUUGUUGAAAUGGGAAAAGUUCGGAAAGUAAAAACGCGGACGCCAUCCGGCGUGGACACCUCGGCGGAAAUCGAUGUGGAAUCAGCGGGCGAAGCGGAGGGCUGCGGACCCAUCGAGGCGAUUUGCGUGCACCUGCAGCAGGCCAACGUGGAGGAGAAGCUGAACGGACUGCACUCAUUCGCUGUGCUGGCGCUGCGAAAGGAGAAGGUUCCCGAAAUACGCGACAGCCAGUUGGUCCGGAUUGCGGCCCCCCUGCUGUGCGAUAAGGAGAGCGCCAUCCGGAAUGCGACGGCCGGCGCCUUUCGGAAUUUGUCCGUGUUUGGCACGGAGGUUUGCGACUUCCUCGUUGAGAACGACGUACUUACCGCCUUGCUGACCCUGGUCCGUAGCUAUGAUCUGAAUAAAAGUGGAUUCGAGAACGAGUUGCAUGCGGACACCUUCCAGCAAGCAAUCCAUCUGCUACGAAAUCUUUGCGAGAGCUCGCCCACCGCCACAGAAGCACUAAAUCAAGCCAACUUCCUUUCCAGCCUGCUGCUGGGCUUCGACUACAGAAAGUUCGGACUCGAAGUUGCCAUUUCAGUGGCCCAACUCGUACUGGUGGUGUCUGAGAACAACUCCAGCUCGUGGAACGUCCUGGCCAGCAGUACAAUACUACCUGAGCUUCUUGCGGCGCCCACAGAAAGUCACGCGCAGCUUUACCUGAGCGCAUUAGCUGCCGGUAUCCUGUGUAAUGUACCCGCCUGCGCUGCCGCCCACACUCGUGAAAUCCUGAACAGUCUAGACAAACUACUCUCCAUAGAUCCACAGGCCCAGCUGCAAAGCUGCAAAAACGAAAUUCUAAAUGCAAAGUCGAAGAACGAGGCCCCCGUGCUGGAAAUCUCUAUGGAGACAGAGGAGAUGACGGAAACACAGAGUGCCAAUCAGUCGAAACCGAACCAAUGCGAUGCCGAGGUGGCACUCACGAACCUGGAGCACUUGCUAGAUGCCCAGCGUCUGGUGGCGGAGAUUAUAACCAACCUGGGCUCCAGCGAUGAACAGAGCAACUGGGACACGGAUAGCGAGCAUUCAGAGUCUGAGAGCGUGGCCGAUUACGACAUGGAGGACGAGACAGCUGACAGUGGAUCGGGGGGACUUCCCGCCAACUUCUUGGAGACCAUCAAACAUAACAAAGUGAUCGAGAAACUGUGGCAAAAGGCUCAACCACUGCAACCUGCUGUGGAAAAUCUGGUGUCCCAGCAAGAGAAUAUAAAGGAGAAAGUGGCAAAAUUAAGAGUAUCGUACUUGAUUUGCCUCCAGAACCUAUGCAAUGUGCUGUCCGCUGAAGAUUUGGGCGGCUGCAGCAACCUCUAUAACAUGUGGAUGAUUUUGGGUCAACAAGCAUUCAGGGGAAGCGAAGAUGUAUCCGUCAUGGAGGCCAUUACGUCACUAAUGCGCUCCUCGCUGAGUUUGCUCAAGUCUCGCAAGGAUCUUUUCGGUCAGAUGACCGAGAAUGAUCUGAACAUGAUUAUCGAGGGCGCUAGCAAGUGCACAGAUAUAAAUAUCCGCGUUAACUGGAACCGCAUGCUGGGCACGCUGGGUUCUCUGCUCUCAGAGCCCCUGGUUAAGACAAUAGUGCUUUUCCUAUUGACUUACUGUGCCCAGGAAGAUGACCUGUGGGCUCUGUCUGAAGGACUCGAUGCGCUAAUGGACAUUUUCGCCGUGGACGACUGGCCGCAGAUCAUCGCGGAGUUGGAGAUGUGCGAUCGUGUCCAGGCACUAGAGGAGUUGUUCAAGUCUAAGAUGCGGCAGCAGCGACGGGAGCUAAAGGAGCGACGAGCCACAGUGCAAACAGUGAAGACUAACUUUGCACGCUUUGUUUAUUAUCUUAAUAAGAACUGUAAAAAAUAAAUUAACCUGACCACUAAUCAAA